AACUCUUCGAGUUCGGCGAGGGCUGGGAGACCUAAAAACUAUUUCAAGGAAGACGGAAGGAAAGAGGCAAGGGCUUGCAGGCGAGAGGCCCCACCCCGAAGCCCUCGGGCAGACAGCCCCGCCCCCGAGGGGAGGAGGGACUUCCUCCCUGCGGGCAGCUGCUUCCGGUGGAGUCCGGAAGACGCUAGCGGGAAGGGACUAAAACUGCGCAGCCAAUCGGGGCGACACUUUCGUCUUACCGGAGGACUCGUGGGUAACUUGCUCUUGGGAACCAGCACCAUGGCGUCUGGCUGCAAGAUUGGCCCGUCCAUCCUUAACAGCGAUUUGGCCAAUUUAGGGGCUGAGUGCCUCCGGAUGCUGGACUCUGGGGCCGAUUAUUUGCACCUGGAUGCACCCUGCUCUUCAGGGAGGUCAGUUUUUUUGCAUUUUGUUCCCAACAUCACCUUUGGGCACCCUGUGGUAGAAAGCCUCCGAAAGCAGCUAGGCCAGGACCCUUUCUUUGAUAUGCACAUGAUGGUGUCCAGGCCGGAACAGUGGGUAAAACCAAUGGCUGUAGCAGGAGCCAAUCAAUAUACCUUUCAUCUUGAGGCUACUGAGAACCCUGGGGCUUUGAUAAAAGACAUUCGGGAGAAUGGGAUGAAGGUUGGCCUUGCCAUCAAACCAGGAACUACAGUUGAGUAUUUGGCACCAUGGGCGAAUCAGAUAGAUAUGGCCUUGGUUAUGACAGUGGAACCUGGGUUUGGAGGGCAGAAAUUCAUGGAAGAUAUGAUGCCAAAGGUUCAUUGGUUGAGGACCCAGUUCCCGUCCUUGGACAUAGAGGUCGAUGGUGGAGUAGGUCCUGACACUAUCCAUAAAUGUGCAGAGGCAGGAGCUAACAUGAUUGUGUCUGGCAGUGCCAUUAUGAGGAGUGAUGACCCCAGAUCUGUGAUCAACCUGUUAAGAAAUGUUUGCUCAGAAGCUGCUCAGAAACGUUCUCUUGAUCGAUGAAACUGUGAGGAGUCCAGUGUUUACGCUCAUGAAAUCUUUCUCCUGGAAAACAAGAACAUCGACUACCAAAACAUACCACAGUUGAAGCAGGGCUGUUUCUCUGAGCAGCCGUUCAUUCCAGUGACUAAAAUCUAUCCUGCAGAAUGUUCCAAGAGGUUAGAAAUUGGUGUGUAUGUCUCCAUUUUUAGUGAUGGAAUUUAAAGAUUAGUGUGGUAAAAUACCAUUUUUACUGGGAGACUUGAUUUUUAUAAGAGUAAAGAUAUGGCUGUAUUAAUAGGGUUAUAAACAGAAAUGUGUCUUAAUGCCUACCAAAGGCAUACUAGCUACUAUGAAAAAAUAUUUUUUUCUGCAUUUUAAAUCUUCUCGUUUCUUGGUUGUUUUUCCAAAGCAAAGGAAGUCCUUAUGUUUUUCCUGUUUCAUGUCAUUUUUGAUUUGUGUGUGUGUAUGAGAGACAAUAUGAGUAGAAUGGAAGUAAUUUGCUUCUUAAACAUCUGUUUUUUAUAUUGUACCUUAUAUUUGAUACAUAAAAACUGCACAGUGUAUGAAGCCCAGGGAUUUCAGGUGGUCUAAAAUACAAGUAUAGAUUUUACAAAAUUUAUACAAAUAUAGAUUUUAUCAGGGCGUUUUUCCUUGUUAGCUUUGCUGGAGGGGCAGGUUACACAGUGAUCCCCACCUUUUCUUAAUCCUCCCCACCAUUCUUAAGGACAUGAGAUAAUGUGCUAGCUCCGAGCAGAAAGGAAAGGAAAGCCUCUGCUUGGAAGUGAUAUUGAGUUGAAUCUGGAUUCUUCUCCUUUCCAGCGGUUUGACUUAGCAAAUCAGAUCACCCAGCCUCUUUGAGUAUCUGUUAACUGAUUUAUACACUGAACGUAAUUACAGUUACCAUGCGGUGUUGUGUUGAGCACUAAAAGAGAUACUAUGCUAUACGUAAAGCUUCCACUACUAGUCCCAGAAUUGUAGGAUAGUAGAAUUGAGGAUGCUCAAUACAAAGUAGCUAUCAUUACAGAAGUUUAUGUUUUAUAGCCUAUAAAGUACUUGAUAUAAUUUCAUUAAAACCACAAAUCACUCUUCUGAGUGAUGGGACAGGUAUUUUUGUCCCCAUUUAAAAAAGGAAGAGAGAAAAGCUCAGGAACAGGCUGGUACCAUGGAAAGAAUCCAGUAGGGCAGAGGAUUUCUGGUUUUACUCUUUUUACAAAUGGAGCCCUUGGGAGGUAGAUUAGGCAAAGGUAGCCUCGUUUAUUUAACCUUGUCUAAUUUUACUCGGUAGCAGAACCAGAUGGCUGAGGAUAUUCUGGACGUUAUGGAUUUUGACCCCAAGGAUAUAUAUUAUAUUAAUCCAACAAAGACCAGGUAGGCUAAAAGAUGAUAAGGUAGAGUUAAUCCAUAAAUAUUUAAAGUUGUGUCCCAAAUUAUACUUUGACAACAAAUAUGUAUCUGCCACUUGCAAAUAGUCUUGAUAUAUGGCAAGAAAUAACAGGACCUAAACUUUAGGCUACUAUGAGUUUUGAGAAAUAAAAAGUUUAAAAAAUAAGAACAUUAACACUUCUGCAUAGAAUAGAGCUUGCUUGUUUUUUUCCUAUACUACAGUGUAAAAAUUUGUUUUUGACUUAGGAAAGGUUUGUGCCAUGAACAGGUGCCGUUUAAUCAAAUCAGACAACACGAGGCAUAUAGAAAUAACUUUAAUUAAAAAACUUACAUAGAAGAUUAUAAUGUCAGACAUGACAAAAAGAUUUGAGCUUAUUUGCCUAGACAACUUGGGUUUGUCUGGCUUUUGUUUUCUUUUUUAAAAAUAAAUGUACAGUAAAACUACAAGCAAAAA